CGUACUAUUCAGAGUGGUGGGGGCAAAAAAGUAUGACAUUUGUUUUGUACUUCAUGUUCAUAAUAAAUAUUUGUAAGUGUCCAAAACAAUAAUUGUUUUUAAUUCACGAAUGUGUUUAUUGCGAAAUAGAAUAAGUUUUUAUAUUUACCGACGAAUAGAGGACAAUUAUAUUAAUUAAAUUAAAUCGGAAUUUACAACGUUCAGAUUGAGGCGCUCGAGGGUAAAAGAUAAAAUUAAAAAAACUUCUUAUAAGCAAACAAAGGGAAAAUGUUGGAAGUAACUUGUAACGAUCGUUUAGGAAAAAAAGUUCGCGUCAAAUGUAAUGGCACCGACACAAUAGGAGAUUUAAAAAAAUUAAUUGCUGCACAAACUGGCACACGAUGGGACAAAAUUGUACUCAAAAAAUGGUACACAAUAUUCAAAGAUCAUAUUCAACUUCAAGACUAUGAAAUUCACGACGGAAUGAAUUUGGAGUUGUAUUAUCAAUAAAUCGCUAUAUCUAAGAAAUUAAAUAUAUUUUAUUCUUACUUAUAA